ACUUCCGGGAGGCUGGAAACGCUACACCGGAAGUAUCCCGUGAGAGGGAGCGGCGCCGCCGAGGCCUCACCGCUAUGGGCCGCAACAAGAAGAAGAGGCGAGAUGGCGACGGCCGGCGGCCGCGACUCAUUUUGAGCUUCGACGAGGAGAAGCGGCGGGAGUACCUGACAGGCUUCCACAAGCGGAAGGUGGAGCGGAAGAAGGCAGCCAUUGAGGAGAUCAAGAAGCGGCUCAAGGAGGAGCAGAAGAAGCUCCGGGAGGAGCGCCACCGGGAAUACUUGAAGAUGCUGGCAGAGAGAGAGGAGGCGCUGGAGGAGGCAGACGAACUGGACCGGCUGGUGACAGCAAAGACAGAGCCGGUGCAGUACGACCACCUCAACCACACGGUCACCGUGACCACCAUCAGCAACCUGGACUUCUCAGCGGCCCGGCUGCUCGGACUGCCCCCGCCUGAGCAAGGGGUCGGGCACAGGUCUGAGGAGGGGGCGUCAUCCGCGGAGAAGCCGACCAGAGCCUUACGCAGGAAGUCCAGAGACCCUCUGCUGUCCCAGCGGAUCUCCUCUCUCACGGCCUCGCUGCACGCGCACAGGCGCAAGAAGGUCAGGAGGAAACAUCCCAGCCGGGCCCAGGACUCCACCAAGAAGCCCCCAAGCGCCACUCGUACCAGCCUGCCUGGAGGCUGAAGGGAGACCACGUGCAUGAACCUCUUCCCACGGCUCCUGACUUUCCCAGGUGUGUCUUCCGUGUGUGCGUGGCUGCCGCUGAGACAGCAUGCCGGGCUCUCUUCUCCACCCCCAAUGACAUAGGAUGUUUUACAACUUAAACCUAUAUUUGUAAUGUUUACUAGUAUUAAGUUCUCAUCCACUUUCUCCCACGUGUGCCCUCGGAAACCAGCAGACCAAGGAAAUUGAAUCAUGGUAAUUUUUGCCAAUCCUAAGAUUGAAAGUGAUAGAGUCAGAACUCUCUGGAGAACUUGUCUUUUCUCUCCAUGUUCUACCUGGAUUCUUCCUGUCGCUCCCCAUCCUGUGGGCCCUGUGGUUUGGGACCUCUAGGAGGUUAAUCAGGAAAGAUUAGAUUUAGCUACAUAUAAUAUGAAACAAGAUUUUAAAAUAACUGGCUUAUGUAAGAGAGGAAUUCUCAGGUUAACAAAGAUGGAAGGUAGCUAGCCUGGAGUGGAGAUGGCAGGCUUUUAGCUUUUUGCUUUGUGCCAUUUUCAACACAUGGGUUCCACCUCGUGGUGGUCCAAGAUGGCUGCCUGAGCUUCAGCCAUCAUAUCUGCCCCUCAGCUGCAGGAAGGAGGAAGGGAUGAAGGUCAGGGCCCUCCUUUUAGGAACACUUGAUGCUUGUGCUAUUAGGCAGGCGGCAAAAGCUUAGGGCAGGAGGAAGAGGGAGCUCCCAGUUGCAGGGAAGGCUGGGGUCCGUGGUCUGUUCUGGAAAACCGUGUACCCACUAAGAAUUGGGGAUUGCGUUACUAAUGGGAGAAUUGGUGUUGGGGUGCAAGCAGCAGGUUCUUACACAGGAGCCAAAUAUGUAAAGGGCUGUCCAGAGGGGAUCCAACUGUGGAACUAGAGCCAUAGCAGACGCUCAUCCAGACGUUCCUGUUACCGCACUGAACUUCCCAGAUGGGUCAGGCCUGUGCUAGUAAAACAAGGAGCAAUGGCCAUGGUUACUGGGAGCCAGGCUCAGCUCAGUAGAGGAAAGAACUCUCGUAGUAGGAUCCGUUUUGGGGUGGCCUGAUUCUCCCCCGGAGGCUGAGGUGAGCAGGCUGGGUGGAGCUGCCCGCCAGCGCCUGAAACUGAGGAGGGGAGGGAUCUGAUGUUAAGCCUCAGCUUCCUUCCUCUCCAGAAACCCCUUGACCUUGAUGUUCCCUAGACUUGAGCUGUUGCCCUCCCUUUAGCUGUGUGGAGGACUCUGGGGAGGGGUUCCCAAUUCAUCCUGAGCUCGGAGGGCUUACUGCCUGCUCUUUUGUGAGCAGGUCCAUCUUAGAAAAGCCCUCCUGGAACUUCGUUGGUGGUCCAGUGGUGGUUAGGACUCCGUGCUCCCAAUGCAGGAGGCCCGGUUCGAUCCCUGGUCGGGGAAAUAGAUCCUGAACGCUGCAACAAAACUAACAGAUCCCACUUGCUGCAACUAAGACCCGGCGUAGCCAAAUAAAUAGUUAUUAAAGAAAAAGAAAAAAGAAAAGCCGUCCUGUUCUGAGCAAACAUCUGCCUCCUCCAGAUGCCAGAGAAGCCCUUUAGGUGUUUGCACGCUGCCCUCCACCUUUCUCACCUCGGCUCUGAGCUGCCUCCUCUGGGAAGCCUUCCCUGACACCUGGCAAUCAGUCAUUUCUCCAUCUGGGCUCCCGGGAUACUUUGCGUUUCUUUCUUUUAAACACUGAACGUAUUAUAACCUGGUUACCUCUUUCCCCCCAGCCAGGCCCUGAGCUUUCUGAAUGGGAAGUUGUGUCGGUCAUUUCUGUGUUUCUGCUGUUGAAACAAGACCUGAAUCGCUGUAGGUUUUUGGCCAGUUCUGGCUGGAUUACACUGGACCCAUUCCCCCUCCUCACAGGUGUUCCCACGUAACCCUUGAAAUAAUCUUUUUGAGAUUUUCUUGGCCCUAGUGCCAUUCUUUCCUGUCUGCAAGUUUCCGAAUCUAGUUUUUUUUUUUUUUUUUAACAUCUUUAUUGGGGUAUAAUUGCUUUACAAUGGUGUGUUAGUUUCUGCUUUAUAACAAAGUGAAUCAGUUAUACAUAUACAUAUGUUCCCAUAUGUCUUCCCUCUUGCGUCUCCCUCCCUCCCACCCUCCCUAUCCCACCCCUCCAGGCAGUCACAAAGCACCGAGCCAAUAUCCCUGUGCCAUGCGGCUGCUUCCCACUAGCUAUCUACCUUACUACGUUUGUUAGUGUGUAUAUGUCCAUGACUCUCUCGCCCUGUCACAGCUCACCCUUCCCCGAAUCUAGUUUUUUCUCCUCAUCGCCACAACCAUCUCCCGUGGGCCCUUGCUGAAACCUUCCCUGUCCAGUGAGCUUUGCCCUCUCCCUUCCCCCUUAGCCAUCAUGAUUGGCAAAUAACCAAAAGAAGGAGGACGGAAAACAAAUUUACCAAGCACCUCCAAUGUGCCAGUGAUGACAUUAACUCAACAGCAGCACUGUGAAGUGGGUACUAGCUCCAUUCGACAGUUGAGAAAACUGAGUCUCAGGUUAAGUUAUAUCAAAAGUUACCCCGUUAUAGAUAAUAAGACAUGAUCCUCACGUCUCAUGAGGGAGACAGACACAUAGAGAUUCACCCUGGAGGUCGGUUCAAUAAAGUAUAGGCCCGGGGGGCACAGAACAGAGAGGAGGCGACAUUGAAAGGAGUCUUGGAAGAUGGCUUGGCCAGGUGGAUGGGAGAGGGGAUGGGCAGGCCGAGAGCCCUUGGUGAGCAAAGGUGGGGGAGGGGUGGUCAGAGGAGAGGAGAAAGCUGCAGAGGCCGGCGGGGACCAGACCCUUAAGGGCCUCAGAUACUGAGCUAAGGAUCUGGACCCUUAUCUUGGGGCAGCGGGAGCCUCCGAUCUGGGAGUGGGGGUUGAGCCUGGGGAGAGUCAGUCAGGGAUUCAUUUGAGAGAAAUCUCCUUGGUGGCAGCGUCAGGGUGCACCAGGGGGACUGGAAGCUCCAAGACCCUCCAGCAAUAAUCCGGGGGAGGGGUGGGUAGACCCUCCUCUCAUGCAGGUACCACUUGCUCUCUCAGCAAGUGUUUACUGAGCACCGGUAGGGAAGUGCUUAGUAAAGCACCAGUAUUGGGUGGUUAGCACUGGGGAUACACUGGUGAGCAAGACAGGGUGGUCCGUGCCCUCCAGGGACUUAGAUUGCCUGAGCUGUUUCUAUAGGGACAGAGAGGAGGAGAGAUGAUAACACUUACUGAGCACUCACUGUAUACCAGUCACUCUUUACCUGGUUCAACUCACUGAGUUCUCACCAUAACCCCACAGGGUAGGGAAUUCCAUUAAGCCCAUUUUGCAGGUGAGGCACAUUGAGAUGCCCCCCAACCCUACCCUGAUGUCCUCCAGGACACUGUUUCAGCUGAGUUCUAACUGCUCACUGUCUCUCAGUUGGAGCUGGGAUUUAAGCUGAGGGUCAUCUCUGGCUGGGCACAUGUACAUCUCCAGGGAAGGAUCAAGAAGGUAGAUAUACCCAAGCCAUGGGUCCUCCCGCAAAGAAAUAAGUCACACCCUAGAUACCUACGUUAACACUGGUUAACACUGCCGGACUAGCUGAACAAACCCAAAGAAACGGGAGGCGGAGAUCCAGGAUCUUACCUCCAGGGGGCGCCACUCACAUGGUUGACAAUGUGAAAGACACCCCAGGAACAACGGGAGUCUUGCACAGGAGCCCGGCAGAGUGAGCCCUCACUUAAGGCUGGGGAAGCCAGGGAGGGCUUCCUGGAGGGGGUGGGCAUUUAAGCCAUAACUAAAGGAUGAAAAUCUGUGAUUUACCAUUUCAGAGACACUGCAUAAAAGAGAAGUCCUGAGGGUUAGUUUGAUUUGACUCACAUAAUGUUUGAAAACAAUUUGAUUUAGCCAUAUUUAAAAUUUUUUGAGGCUUUAUAUAAAAGUUCAGAUUUCCAGCUUCAGCUUCUGCAGGCUUUGGAUCACCACUUUACAGGGUAGGUAGCUUUGGGCUGGAGCCAGCCCUGAUGACCGUUUUAGAGACUCAUACCUUCCAGCCCCUGCUCCACUGGGUCACAGCCCCCUGCAUCGCUACCUUGUCUGCCCAGACCAUGUGACACUCCAAUAGGCCUGUGAGCCCGGAGGCCUGGGAUGACCCUUCCCGCUUGAUCAGUGAGGAAACUGAGGCUCAGGAGGGUAGAGUGGGAUUAGAACUGUCACUUACUGUUCUGCUUCCCCAAAUCUCUGAAGAGGUAUGUCUGCGCCGAGGGGAAGGAUGUGAGCCAAGGGGUGGAGGUGAGCAGGCACAGAUUCUUCAGGGAGCAGAAAGGGGAAUGGGAGGCUGGGGCUAAAUGGUGACAAGUGGGACGCUGCCCUGGCUGCCACCAUUAUGCCCUGAGCCAUCCCACAGAAGUUGAGUGUGUUUUCAGACCAGGCACUGUCAUCGAGGGUCUGGGUGGCUUUGGGCAACUUGCUUGAGUCUUGAGUUUCCCAUCUGUACAAUGGGGUUGUAGCUGCCCUUCCCAUCACAGGGAUGAAAGUACCACUGUCCCCCACAGGAAGGGGCUCCCUCCAACAGACCCCUUCACUCAUCCCAACACACCCUUGGCUCACCGGCCCCCUUCAGGACCCUGGCUGCUGCCCAACCCCGAUCCCCCCACCGCAACUGUUUUCCCUGCCCUGGAGGAAUGCAACCAGGUAGCUCCAGAGCUGCGGAGAGCACUCAGGACAGCCCACCAGUCCCACCCACUGACUCUCCCCCUCACCUCCUUAUUCUUUCCCCUCCAGCCUCACUGCUUCCUUCCCCUCAGCCUGAAAUGCUUUUCCCAGGACCUGCAGGCUCACUGCCACGUCUUCUCCAGGUCUUUACUCAAAGGUCGCCAUCUCAGAGAGGCCAUCGCCGACCACCUUAUUUAUUUUUUAAUGUUUAACAUUUUCUAAAUAAUUUAUUUUUGGCUUUUUGUAAUGUUAAGAAAUAGAGCCAUUGGAAUUGUUUUAUUGACUAAAUAUAUGUGUAUAUAUAUGAGAUCCAGCUGUAAAUACUUCCUGACCACCUUAUUUAAAAAGUAAUGCUCUUGGG